UCUCUCCCCAUGGAUCCACUGCCAACCGCCCACUUGGGUCCCCGGAAGAAGAGACCCAGGCAGACUGGGGCCUCCAUGACCUCCGCUCCUCAUGACAUCAGAUUUCGAGAUUUGGUCCUCUUCAUUUUGGAGAAGAAAAUGGGUACCACCCGCAGAGCCUUCUUCAUGGAGCUGGCCCGCAGGAAGGGGUUCAGGGUUGAAAAUGAGCUCAGUGAUUCUGUCACCCACAUUGUAGCAGAGAACAAUUCGGGUUCCGAUGUCCUGGAGUGGCUUCAGGUACAGAACAUCAAAGCCAGCUCGCAGCUGGAGCUGCUGGACAUCUCCUGGCUGAUAGAGUGCAUGGGGGCAGGGAGACCAGUGGAGACAACAGGGAAACACCAGCUUGUUGUGAGAAGAGACAGCCCAGACCACUCCAACUCAGACCCUGAGAGGAUCCCACCGCCUGCUGUGCAAACAAUCUCUCAGUAUGCAUGUCAGAGAAGAACAACUUUAAACAACUGCAAUAGAGUAUUCACGGAUGCUUUUGACGUCUUAGCUGAAAAUUAUGAGUUUAGAGAAAAUGAAAGCUGUUCUGUGGUAUUUAUGAGAGCCGCUUCUGUACUGAAAUCUCUGCCAUUCACCAUCAUCAGCAUGAAGGACCUCGAGGGAAUUCCCUGCCUGGAGGGCAAGGCGAAGAGCAUCAUAGAGGAAAUCAUUGAGGAUGGAGAAAGUUCUGAAGUUAAAGCUGUCUUAAAUGAUGAACGAUAUAAAUCCUUCAAACUCUUCACUUCUGUUUUUGGAGUGGGAUUGAAGACAUCUGAGAAAUGGUUCAGAAUGGGUUUCAGAACUCUGAGCAAAAUAAGAUCGGACAAAAGCCUGAAAUUUACACACAUGCAGAAAGCAGGAUUCCUCUAUUAUGAAGACCUCGUCAGCUGUGUGACCAGGGCAGAAGCAGAGGCAGUCAGUGUGCUGGUUAAAGAGGCCGUCUGGGCAUUUCUUCCGGAUGCCUUCGUCACCAUGACAGGAGGAUUCCGGAGGGGUAAGAAUAUUGGACACGAUGUAGAUUUUUUAAUUACCAGUGCAGAAGCAACAGAUGAAGAAGAACAACAACUGUUGCAUAAAGUGACAAACUUAUGGGAAAAGAAGGGAUUACUUUUAUAUUGUGACCUUGUGGAGUCGACAUUUGAAAAGCUCAAGAUGCCUAGCAGGAAGGUGGAUGCUCUAGAUCAUUUUCAAAAAUGCUUUCUGAUUCUAAAAUUGCACCAUCAGAGAGUGGACAGCGACAAGGCCAGCCAGCAGGGAGGGAAGAACUGGAAGGCCAUCCGUGUGGACUUGGUCAUGUGCCCCUAUGAGCGCCGUGCCUUCGCCCUGCUGGGAUGGACCGGCUCCCGGCAGUUUGAGAGAGACCUCCGUCGCUAUGCCACACACGAGCGGAAGAUGAUCCUGGAUAACCAUGCUUUGUAUGACAAAACCAAGAGGAUAUUUCUCAAAGCAGAAAGUGAAGAAGAAAUUUUUGCACAUCUGGGAUUGGAUUACAUUGAACCAUGGGAAAGAAAUGCCUAGGAAAAAGUUAUCAACAUUUUGUUCCGGUUCUUUUCAGGUUAAAUAAAUUAUGCUUCAUAUCUGUAAAGGAUUCCUUAAGAAAGUUUGGAAUUCUUAGGACUUACUGACAUACAGAUUGCUACUAGAAAUAAGCUGCUUUGGAGACAUGAUAAGGAAGCAUGUGGUAAUGGGUGUAACAGACCCUUUGUGCAACCACGGCUUAGAAUUCACAAUGCAUUUUUCAAGAGAAAUGGGUUUGUCACUGUGACCCACCAAGGAACCGUUCAAAACCCACUUUGCCCUCAGCGUAGCUGUGAUACUGGUUAUCUUCAAUAAAAAU